GCGGUGCUGCGCUGCGCAAGCGUCCCGACCAGUCGGGCGCGCGACGGCCGGCGCUUCGCUUCGCUUCGAAGGCGAGCGACUCCGCGCACCUGUGUCUCGCAGCCAGCGGCCAGACAUCGGCGCCGGCCACAGUGUUCCCUCUUGUUCACUGACGCGUAGCUGGAGGCUUUACUCGUUACUUAACGGAUGAACUACUCAUGAUUACAGGCAGACCCUAGCAGCCUGAAUGCCGAUAUAGUGCCGGUAAUACUCGAUGCCUGUUUAGUCCCGCCUACUUACUGUACUCUUUAUAUGGAUGAACACUGAAUCUUAACAGAAGUUUCAAUCACUUUUGAUCACUUAGAGCCGUGCAUGGACAUCCUCGGCUUGUGGAGGCUGAAUUUCAAUGACUUCAUUACGCUAAGCUACAUACUGGUCUAAAGAACCCUCACUAUCAUGGAUGCAACUGCUGUAUAUUACCUAUAUUUUUACAAGUGCGUUUUCAUUAUAAUCUAACCUUUGAGAAAAGAAAGGAAGAAUAGAAAAUUCCUCUAUUCUCCGAAGAGAUUGCAAAACGAGACUACCGAAGAGAGAUGAGGUUUACCACCUGAACAGUGGCAUCAGCUUUUGAUUUUUACGGCGACAUAUUUCCUAUCUGGUAUAAGCUCUUUGUGACACCUGGUACAGCCCCUGUGUGACCCCGUCAAUUGGAAAAGCCCUCUACAUUCGUGCCCAUUAUACGGACGGAUCUUUCUGGCUAGUGUUUGGGGAGAACCUGAAUAGCGCUACCGUCACCAGAGAGGACCGUGAUUGGGCGUAUGUAGCGUCAUUUCGACGCUUCCGCCACGGAUGAACGCGGCGCCUGAGUCCGGCCUUUGCCGGAGACGGCUCCCGGAGAUGAGGCACAGCCAGGGGCCCCGCUGCCGCUGCCGCUGCCGCUGCGCGCCGUGAGCCCCGAGAUGCGCGGCCGGACGCACCUGCUGCCUCCGCCGCCGCUGCUGCUCUUCUUCCUGACGGUGCUCGCUCUCCAGGCACGUCGAAACGACGCUCAAGGGAUGGAGGUGAGGGUGCAGGCGCUUGUCGGAGAGAAGGCUCUGCUGCCGUGUGACGUCACGCCUCCCACCGCGAAUGACACGGCGACUCUCGUCAUCUGGUUCAAGGACGAAGUCACGCCCAUCUACAGCUACGACGCGCGCGGCAAGUUCUCGCAGGAGACGGAGCACUGGAAGCAGCGGCACGUGCUGGGCGAGCGCGCCAGCUUCGAGACGGCGGGCGGCGGCGCCACGGCGGCGCUCACCUUCCGGCGCGUCGUCGAGCGCGACCAGGGCGUCUACCGCUGCCGCGUCGACUUCCGGCUCUCGCCGUCGCGCAACACCCGCUUGCACCUCACCGUCGUCGUUCCACCGCAACCGCCUGUCAUCCACGACCCACGGGGACCUCUCAAGGACGUGGCCGGGCCGUACGAAGAGGGCUCCGAACUUCGGCUGGCUUGCCUCGUCUCUGGAGGCCGGCCGCCGGCCACUGUGCGCUGGCUGCGGGACGGCCGCGUGCUGGAGGCGGCGGAGACGCGGCCCGACGCCGAGGGCGGGCCCUGGUCGGUGCGCAGCCUGCUGGUCGUGGCGGCGCUCUCCAGGGCCGACCUGCACGCGACGCUCACCUGCCGCGCCAGCAACUCGCCGCUAGCGCCGCCCGUCGAGGCCACUGUGCGCCUGGACCUAUACCUGAGACCGCUGUGGGCCAGCAUCAUGGGCGAACGCAUUCCCCUGUCGGCGGGCCGCCCGCACGACAUCCAGUGCCGCAGUGCGGGGUCGCGGCCGCCAGCCAACAUCACGUGGUGGAUCGACAACGCCGGCAUCGAUGCCCUCACGCACAAGGUGUCUCCGGACCUGAACGAGACAGUUUCGACGCUGCGCCUGACGGCGGGCGCCAGUGACCACGACCGAGUGGUGACGUGCCGGGCGGAGAACAGCCACGUCCGGGGCGGCGUCGAGGAGGACUCGUGGCGACUCGACGUCUACUUCAUGCCAAUGGUGCAGCUCCAUCUGGGACCGAACCUGGCAGCUGAGAACAUCAAGGAAGGCAGCGACGUCUACUUUGAAUGCAAGAUGAAAGCUAAUCCAGCAGCCUACAAGGUUGUUUGGACAAAUAAUGGCGAGGCGAUACUGCACAACACGUCGGCGGGCGUGAUUGUCAGCAGCAGCCACCUGGCGCUGCAGUCGGUGACGCGCCGUCAGGCCGGCAGCUACUCCUGCAUCGCGUCCAACGUCGAGGGCGACGGCCGCAGCAACGUCGUCAACCUCGCCGUCAAGUAUAAGCCGGUGUGUCACGAGGGCGAGCAGCGGCCGGUGACGAUAGCGGUGGGUCUGGGCGAGCGCGCCACCGUCAACUGCAGCGUGGACGCGCUGCCGGCGGCCGACUCGUUCCGCUGGUCGCUAGGCAACAGCUCGUACCUGCCCGGGCUCGACCCCGCGAUCGCAGCGCCGCCGCCGCCCGACUCCGGUGCCGGGCAGUCGCUGCAACUCAUCCCCCUGUCGCAGAGUGACUACGGCACCCUGCUCUGCUGGGCCUCGAACGCUGUCGGCAUCCAAAUCGCCCCUUGUGUCUUCCAUAUUGUGCCAGCAGGUAAGCCUGACCCAGCGAGCAACUGCACGCUGGUGAACCAGACGUCGACGUCGCUGCAGCUGGAGUGCCUGGAGGGCUUCGACGGCGGCCGGCCGCAGCGGUUCGAGCUGCUGGUGGAGGAGGUGUCGACCGGCCGGCUGCUGUCUAACGUCACCUCCCGCUGGCCCUCCUUCGGCGUGGCGGGCCUGCGCGCCGGCCAGGCGCUGCGCCUCACCGUCACCGCCUUCAACAGCCGCGGCCGCUCCAUGCCCGUCGCGCUCGACGCCUACACGCUCAAGGCUGCCGAGCUCCGAACAGGAGUGCCGGUGCCGUUCGAGCUGACGCCGAUCCUGAGCGUGCUGCUGAGCGUGGCGACGGUGCUGCUGCUGGCGGUGGCGGGCAUCGUGGGCUCGCAGCGCGUCCGCUCCAGCAAGCAGCGGCAGCAGGACGCGGCCGCCGCCGCCGCCGCGCGCCAGGCGCUCGACGCCGCCCAGGGCGCCAUCAAGGCCGGCCCCGACGUCGAGGACCCCAACCCCGACCUCAUCCCGCCCACCAGAGGUGUGGUCGCAGCCGGCGCCACCCCGCAGGACUCCCCUGGGAACGACGCGGCGCCGAGACACCCGCAGUUGGUACCGGGCGUCGCUGGCGCUGACCGCAACAACACCGGGCCCUUCUACCAGGCGCCCAGGCUCUGGACGCUGCGCCAGACGGACCAGUCCCACAUCGCUGGGAUGAAGGUGCUGGAGCCAGUGCUCUCGGAGCAGCAAGUACUGGACAGGGGACGCAGCGCACCGAUCCAGCUGGGCAUGCAGCAGCCACAGAAGCCCAGAGACCUGGUGGCUCUCAGGAGGGGCUCCACGGUGGCUACCGAAGUGCUUCCGGAAGACACGCAACAGGAGAGCUGCGUCUAGAUUACCCAGAGCACGCAACACAGAAAACACAUUUACUAUAAAAUCCACUGGAGCCACAAGUCCAACAACUAAUGCGGUCGUGGUUGCUUCUCAUCAGUUAAGUUACGAGUAGCAUGGAAAUUCCACACAUUACGCUCUAAUUUUACAACUUAAUCUCUUAGUGCAAAGGAAGACAAUCAUCAGGGAUGCCUAUCGAAGGUACGUGCAAACCGCAACAUCGAGAAUGCAGUUAGGUGCUACUUACGCACUGAUGAAAGCUAAGGUGGCUCAGCACAUGAAGAAUCUAUGAUUACCGGCUGAGGUUACUAAGGUGGCUCAGAACGUAAAGAAUCUAAGAUUACCGACUAAGGGUCCUUUCGAUUUCCCUAUGGUCAUACAGCUUGGCACGAAUUCGCCAGAUUUUGCUACAGUAAUCCAGUACUUUGUUGACAAAAUUCAUUCUCGCAGGCUGUCAAAAUGUUCACGUAUAUUCAGCAUCAAUGACAGAAAUGUACGAAAGAGUAAGUAUACGGGUACAGAUAAGGUAACAAGUUCAAAGCUGUUACCGUAAUAUUUCAGUCUGUUGCUUCUGCUUCCCUUGUUCUUCACAGCCACAAUAGUAUUGUGAUAGACUUAAAUUAUUUCUUCGUGUUGCAUAGAUUAUAUCUCAUGAAAGAGAGAUGAAAAUAUCUCUGCGACGACUUCCUGCCAUCGAAAAGGACUUCGAAACGGACACUAUAUGUUGGAAACCUUUGGAAUAGAGAACUGUAUUCAUUAUCUCUUUAAACACAUUAUCAUGCUUUCUUCUUCUAGCCUGUUUCACUUUGAUUGCAUUAUUAAGCUUCAUAUGUCUCCAGACUUUAUUAUGGCCAGCAUUCCAGUUAAUGUCAUGUGGUCUUUUAAAUUAUGUGAAAAUCAGGUAUUUUGCUUUGAGCCGUAAGGGUAAACUGCAGUUAAAUUUAAAUCUACGUAAAAGUAGAAAUUAAUCCCUAGUUAUAUUGGUAUACUCUUUAGUUUGUUGACUCUGGGGCAAUUGUUUUUUACUGACUUUUAAGACAGGUGACACAAAAGAAUCAAAUAUCAUGGGUAAUAAUUUUCAUUUAAACUUUGCGAGCCUUGUCAAGAUAAACGAAACCGAGAACAGCCUAAAAAUGUUCGGAGGAUUGAAGCAGAAGACGGAUUUGUGUUACUGCCUGGAGCACUCACAUUCCUGGAGAUACGUAAGUCAAUAACUCAUUGAUGUUAUUCUGUUUGGCGACUAGGACUCUUCAUCAUUGUGCAGCUGUGGGAGAUUUGUGUGUGACGUAACUACUCAUCAAGUUUUAUAACGUUUGAAUAGUUACUAUUGUUCAAAAUGGGAUAAGAAAGAAACUGAGCAGGACUAACUAAUACAUAUUAUUUAAAUAUUCCAUUCAGCUUGAGUAAACUGUUACACGAAAAUGUGGAUCGAUAAUAGUACAAUUAUUUGGAGCAAUGCGUGACGAGAUCAAAGAGAAACAGGCGUGAAAGUCUAUAGUACUUCCGAAUUUGAGUCCAGUCCGGAAGCGGCAAAGCAUGUCGCUAUGUGUAAAGGAACCCUUAAUCUACAGACUCUCUAUUAAGGUAUUUAGAGAACAAGAUAAAGUCUGGCUUCUUAUAGACAGUGUGUGAACGAUUUUGUGUAGGUAAAACUUACAACGGAUAAUGUAUGUAUUUUUUUGUAACGUACUGAAAUGUUUCUUACGGAUAACCCUGUCUUUUACCUAUUUGUAUGUUCUAAACUAAGUGUUACUGGAAAUGCAAAUUAAUUGUUUCGGUAUUCGUUAAUGGAUGUCUAUAGUUUAUUGUAAACUGUAUCUGUUCCUAUCGAGAUGUUACUGAACUGAAUAAAAAUUUUUAAAGUACAUGUUUCCACGAAAACCAUGAGACGUUUUCACAGACGACUCUUACACACGUUGUAAUGGGAAAAAAAAAACUAUUUUAUCCCAAGA